UGGCAUGCCUAGUCCCGUGUUUCCUAUGUCCAUGGAUUGCAUAUUUUCAGUAUUUUCGAAGUUGUUCGUUUUAUUAUUACUCCCGUGUAAAUUAUAUACUUAAGUUACCUUUAGUUUGUAGAUACUGAAUGUGAAUUAUUUGGCAAAUACGUUAGGUGUAGUGUAUGUACAUGAAGUGUAAUUUUAAAACUCGAAUGUAAAAGUCUGUCAGUGCAAAAGGCCGCGUGGAUCGCGUGGAUAUUUCCCUGCCUUUUACGGUUAGUGAAUUUAUCAAAAUGUCAGACGGCGAAGAUGACUUUAUGUGCGAAGAAGAGGAAGAUUACGGAUUGGAGUAUUCUGAAGAUUCUAACUCUGAACCUGACGUUGACUUAGAGAAUCAGUACUACAACAGCAAGGCAUUAAAGGAAGAUGAUCCGAAAGCUGCUUUACAGAGUUUCCAAAAGGUUUUGGAUCUGGAAGGAGGUGAUAAAGGAGAAUGGGGAUUCAAAGCUCUUAAGCAAAUGAUCAAAAUCAACUUUAAACUCUCCAAUUACAAGGAGAUGAUGACCAGGUAUAAACAGCUUUUAACCUAUAUCAAAAGUGCUGUGACGAGAAAUCAUUCGGAAAAGUCCAUUAACUCGAUUUUGGAUUACAUUAGCACUUCCAAAAACAUGGAAUUACUCCAAGACUUCUAUGAAACUACCCUAGAUGCUUUAAAGGAUGCCAAGAACGAUAGACUGUGGUUCAAAACAAAUACCAAACUCGGAAAGCUGUACUUCGAUCGAUCUGACUUCAAUAAGCUAGCAAAAAUACUCAAACAACUUCAUCAAAGUUGUCAGACCGACGACGGCGAGGAUGACUUGAAAAAAGGAACUCAGUUGUUGGAAAUUUAUGCGCUAGAAAUCCAAAUGUACACUGCUCAGAAAAAUAACAAGAAACUAAAAACGCUUUAUGAACAAAGUCUGCACAUUAAGAGUGCGAUACCUCAUCCUCUUAUUAUGGGAGUUAUAAGGGAAUGUGGCGGUAAAAUGCAUUUGAGAGAGGGAGAAUUUGAACGUGCACACACUGACUUUUUUGAGGCAUUUAAAAACUACGAUGAGUCUGGUUCGCCGAGGCGUACCACGUGCUUAAAAUACCUAGUUUUAGCCAACAUGUUAAUGAAGUCUGGAAUAAAUCCAUUUGACUCUCAGGAAGCAAAGCCUUAUAAAAAUGAUCCAGAAAUUCUCGCAAUGACAAAUUUAGUUGUCAGUUACCAGAACAACGAUAUCAACCAGUUUGAGUUGAUUCUCAAACAGAACAGAAACAAUAUUAUGGACGAUCCGUUUAUUAGAGAACACAUUGAGGAUUUGCUACGUAAUAUUAGAACUCAGGUUCUUAUUAAGUUAAUAAAGCCUUACACGAGGAUCCACAUCCCCUUCAUAAGUAAAGAGCUCAAUAUAGAUGCAUCUGAAGUUGAAAGUCUGCUAGUUUCUUGCAUUUUAGAUAAUACGAUCCGCGGGCGUAUCGAUCAGGUCAACCAAGUGCUUGAGCUCGAUAAGAAGUCAGUUUGUGCGGCUCGUUACAAUGCUUUGGAUAAAUGGACUACGCAGUUACAAUCUUUGCAUGUAGCUAUUUUGAACAAAAUGUCGUAAAAGUGAUAACAGUGGCACGAUGAUGAAUAAUUAUUAAGCCUAGUUCGUUUGUAAGUAAUAAUUUUUCUUGUAAUGAGUAAUGAAGUAAAUCCAGUUGCGAUAUUUUACAUUCAAA